GAACCCGCGGACGUUCGGACCUCUGUCGCCUGGGAAGCGGCCCCCACGCGUCCCUCCGCCAGCGGACAGGACGAGGAGGCGCCGGCGCCUGGGCGAACCGCACGGAGGACUGAGGCCCUCAGGCCAGGGCGGGAGGCGGGUCCAGAAAGAGGCUGUCUCGCGCUAACAGGCAGCUAUCACAGCCAAUCAGCGUUUUCAGACCCUUGCUACGCCCGCCCCUGGUGGAGCCUCGCCUCGUCUGUAGCCCUGAUACUCGGCGUUUAGUUCCCGGACUCCAGGACUCGGGGUUGUUAGGCUACCGGCCUCCCAUCACUUAGUUCUGACAGCGGGAGAGAGUCGUUCGCCUUACUCGGUACCUGCGGUGGCCGUUGACCCUAUGAGGGCCGUCCAAGAUGGCAGUACAUGAGCAGGAAAUGUAGCUCUAAAGAGCCUCCAAGGUGGUCCUACAGCUUAGGUUUGUUGACCAGUGUCUACAGCGUUGAUGCUGGCCAAGGAGGAGGAAUGAAAAGAUUAUCCUUUUUCAAUCGGUGGUGCAACUUGAGUGGUUUUGAGAUUUUGUGGAUAACUGGUUGCUUUUUCUUGUUUGUACUUUAUUUUACUUUUAUUUAUUUGUUUGUUCGUUUUUGCGGAGCUGAGGAUUGAAUGGAGGACUUGACGUACGUAUCCAGGUCUAGCACCAAAAAUUAUUCUCAAAUCUUUCUUUUUCUAAGGCAGGGUCUCUCUGGCUUUGAACUUGUGACCUUCCUGCCCUUGGAGUACCCGAAAUAAUAGGCAUGGACUUUUUUUUUUUUUAAAUCUCAGGUAAAUCAUCAUUAAAUAGCUAAAAAUAUUGAGGCUCUGAUUUUUUUUUUCUAAACUCAACUUCAUAAGCCACUCUGUGAAUUGUGAUUUUUCUAUAAUAGUUUUUCUUUCCUUCGGAGUAUCGGUGAACACUGGAUGAUGGUCCGCCAUUUUCACUCGUCCAACGUUUUAAAGGACACACACUGAUAAUAAAACUGAAGUGUCAGAAGCACAUGUAUUCUCACUCGCAGACUCUUCAACUGCAGUUUCCGGUUCAGAGCUGAGGAAGCAUGAGUCACUUGCAAAACUUACUAUUAGAUACCCUACUGGGGACGAAGCAUGUGGACGGUGCAGCCCUCAUCAAACUCCAUGAAAAGACCCUGUGUGUGACAUCACCAGGAUUUAGUGUAAUGCCAAGUGAUGUUCGAACACUUUUGAAUGGAUUUGCCAAAAACCCAUUAUUAACCCGAAGGGAAGGGUUGUAUUUCAAGGAAAAGGACUACAAAUGUGUCCGGGCAGAUGACUAUUCUCUGUAUGCUAAGAAUGAGAACACUGGUGUGGUGGUGGUGAAGACCCACAUGUAUCUUGUGGUGGCAACUUACACUGCAGGCAUGUAUCCUAGUGUCUGUGUGGAAGCCACAGAGAAGCUGGGAGAAUAUCUAAGAAAAAAAGGAAACUAAGACAUCAGAUAACUAGUGAAGACAGCUUGGUUGUUUUAGAAGAAAAGUAUAGAUCCUUAAGAAAAAUAUUUUGUGGUUUGAAAACACUGUGUGGAAGACUGAGUAAAAGGAACAAGUUUUCAUAUUUCAGGAGAACAUCCUCUCUGACUGGAAUGACCUGACCAGCUUGUUCCUUUUCUUUAAGCGUUGGUCACAGACAUGACACCUAAGUGUAUUUAUGGUUUUUCACAGGGCAAGUCCACUGGGAGUUUUACCUCCGAGUCCCCACACAUCUUGCCAGAUAUGCCAAGAAUAUUAAAGACCCUGGCCACUCAUAUGUGUGAACCACGUGCACAUCGAAGCCAGAGGGCAGCCAUGGAAGUCACUUCCCUUCUGAGUGAUGGGAGAGGAACGCAGGCCAUAAGGCUUGGUGGCAAGUAAACCCACUGAGCCAUCUCACUGCUUCCCAGAAGCACUCUGUACCUAGGCCAUGCCAGUCUCAUGCCUCCUUAAAAGUCUAAAGUAGCGCUUGUAGGAAAAACUCGCUAAGUGCUUUCUGUCAAAGAAGUAGAGUUCCUGAUUUAGUGCUCCUUUAUUAAAGUAUAGACCACACACAGUGCGUGUGUGACAGCC